AUAUUAUUAUUGCAAUUUGUGUGAUAUACAUUUAUACAAACAUACAUUUUUACAUGUGCAUUAUUUCAUUCGUUUUUGGUGAAUAUAUCUAUUCAUUCGACACCUUUCGCCGAAUACUUCGGUCAUUUUUAUGCAGUGAUGAUCUGAAUGUAUAAUUUACACAUAAAGUUGCAGCGAAGUUGGAGGCUUUACUCAAAUAGUUGUAUUGUUUGCAGCUGCAACUAAAAGAACCGACAGAACAAUUGAGCGAAACGUGUAAUGAAUGAGAAAAUUAAAUCACCCUCUGCGCAGGGUGGCCCAGCGAAUAGCGGCGGCCCAACAUCUGCAGGCAAUGGAGGUGGUGGCGGUUCUGGCGGCAAUUCGCAAAGUGGUCCGACAUCAGCGUCAUCAUCUUUAGGCAGUGGUCCACCUGUACCAAAUAAUGGCGGUGAUGGGCAGGGGACAAUACCACAUCCUUAUGGACCGCCCGGUGCUGGUGACCCUGUUGCUAUGGCACACUAUCAUUUACAUCAGCAACCACCUCACCCGCAGCAUAUGCCACCGCAUCCAGGACAAGGUGGUCCUGGAGGCCCACCACCAAAUACGGUUGAACAUCCGAAUAAAGAUGAUUAUGGGCAAAGUCCGUUGGGGGGGCCACCACCACCGCCACCCGGUGGACAUCAUCCGGUUUAUGGACGCUAUCAUCAUGCUGAUCCUACAAUAGAUCCUUAUCGAUCUGGACACGCUCCAUUGCAACAGCAGGCACCACCACCCGGUGGUAAACCGCAGCAAUCGUUGCCAGGAACUGGAGCUGGAAUAUCUUCACCAGGUCGACCACCACCACAACGAUAUAUACCUGGUCAGCCGCCCCAGGGUCCGACGCCUACGUUGAAUUCAUUACUGCAAUCAUCGCAUCCGCCACCACCACCUCAGCAUCGGUAUACGAAUAGUUAUGAUCCACAGCAACAUCCACAACAGCCUCCACCACCUCAACAGCAACAACAGCAACCGCCACAAACAGGAGCCGGCGGGCCGCAACAGCAACAGCCUGGCGGUCCAACGCAAAGUGGGCCACCACCACCGCCACCUCAUAGCGGACCACCUCCGCCGCCGCAUCAAGCUCCCUAUGGUGCUCAGCAGGGCGUUUGGGCACCUCCACCCAGACCCUAUAGUCCACAGUUGGGUCCGUCGCAACAGUAUCGAACACCACCACCGACAAAUACUUCCAGAGGUCAAUCACCUUAUCCGCCAACGCAUGGCCAAAACUCAGGUUCCUAUCCAAGUUCGCCCCAACAAGCGCAACAGCAGCAACAACAACAAAGUGGUGGUGGCAAUAGUGGUAGCGGUGGAAGUAGCGCUGGCGGUCCACCGCCACCGCAAUCUUCGAAUCAAGGCACAACACCAUCUCAAUAUUCACCCUAUCCGCAACGGUAUCCCACACCUCCUGGUCCAGCAACCGGACCAAAUCAUCGAACUGCCUAUUCAACGCAUCAGUAUCCUGAACCAAAUCGGCCUUGGCCUGGCGGUUCGUCACCUGCUCCUAGUCCUGGCCCCGGAGGUCAUCCCCUGCCACCAGCAUCGCCGCAUCAUACGCAACAUGGUGGCCCGCCACCCAGCAGUAGUCCCAGUCAUGCGCCGAGUCCUUCACCUCAACCAUCGCAAGCGUCACCAUCACCGCAUCAGGAAUUAAUCGGCCAAAACAGUAAUGAUAGCUCUAGCGGUGGCGGACAUAGCGGUAUGGGUUCCGGGCCGCCGGGCACACCUAAUUCACAACAAGUAAUGCGUCCUACACCUUCCCCGACUGGCUCCUCAGGGUCUCGUUCCAUGUCGCCGGCAGUAGCACAAAAUCAUCCCAUUUCUCGUCCCUCGAGCAAUCAAUCGAGUAGUGGCCCUAUGCAGCAACCAGGCGGUGGGCCACCGCCAACAUCUUCUCAGGCGACAUCCCAACAGCAAUCUCAAAAUUCUAAUUCAGUAUCAAGCAAUUCACCGCAGCAAGGUCCGCCAGGAAGUGUUGCUGGUGGCCCGCCUGGUUCUCAACAACCUCCGCAACCCCCAAAUCAAAAUGUAAGUAACUUGUCAUCUCAACCUCUACCCCAAGGAUCCGGCGGCAGCAAUAUUUAUCCCUUGCCACCCCAUAUGCAUGGCAGUUAUAAAAUGGGAGGCCAGAAUCCUGGCCCACAAACGUUGCUCUCAGCCUAUCCGCCACCACCUUCUCAACAGGCUCAACAAUACUCUCAAGGGAGCUACCCGCCACGACCUCAAUAUCCACCAAGUGGCUACGCGCCAACACCUCCAAAUUCUAGCCAACCCUCGUCUGUCAAUAGUAUGCCACCUGGUAGCGGACCGCAACAAUAUGCCGCUGGGCGGCCCAUACUUAAUCAUGGCGGUGGGUCGCCGUAUCCAGCUUAUCAAAAUUGGGUACCUCCUAGUGGACAAGGAGGGGGUCCAGUUAACGUGGGUUCUGUACCACCAGGUGCGCCGGGAACUCCUGGCGGUGCUCCUAUGGGUAAUCACAUACAAAGCAAGGGUACACCACCACCACCUCAGAGUGGUGGAUCCUCUCGGCCUCUGAACUAUUUGAAGCAACAUUUGCAACAUAAAGGCGGUUAUGGCCCUGGAACAGGUCCUCCUCAAGGUUACGGCAAUGGUCCGGGUAUGCAUCCCGGCAUGCCGAUGGGUCCACCACACCACAUGGGACCGCCCCAUGGGCCCACAAAUAUGGGUCCGCCUACUAGUACACCGCCACAACCGAUGAUGGGCGGCGCAGUGGGAACUCCGGAGGGAAACUCCGGUCCACCACCGCCGCCAGAUCACAUUUCGCAAGAUAAUGGCAUAAGUUCUUCGGGCUCCUCAAGUUCCGCUUCAGGGCCACCACAUCCUGUAACUUCGGUAGUAACCACUGGACCCGAUGGAACUCCUAUGGACGAAGCUAGCCAGCAAAGUACAUUAUCGAAUGCAUCAGCAGCUUCUGGUGAAGAUCCACAAUGUACAACCCCGAAGUCGCGCAAAAACGAUCCAUAUGUUCAAAGUCAUUUAGCACCACCGAGCACGUCACCAGUAGGUAUGGUUGGUACUGGGCCGCACGCGGGCCAUACUGGAGUCCCUGGUGAAGAAUAUGAAAUGAGUUCACCGCCAAAUUGGGCAAGAACUCCGGCAAGCCCCGGUUUCAACAGCCAUGUUCCUCAACAAGAUACGUUCCGGACAACUGGAGCCACUGCGACACCCAUUUCUGCAUCGGCUGCCAACAAAAAAUCGGACAGUCUUUGUAAACUAUACGAAAUGGACGACGCACCUGAACGACAUGUUUGGUUAGAUAAGUUACGAGCAUUUAUGGAUGAGCGCCGCACACCGAUUACCGCCUGCCCCACGAUAUCGAAGCAACCACUCGAUCUAUAUAGGUUGUAUUUGUAUGUUAAAGACCGAGGCGGAUUCGUCGAGGUAUGCAAGGUGACAAAAAGUAAAACAUGGAAAGAUAUUGCUGGUCUUUUGGGUAUUGGUGCUAGCAGUAGUGCCGCCUACACCUUGCGCAAACAUUAUACCAAAAAUUUGUUGGCUUUUGAAUGUCAUUAUGAUCGUGGAGAUAUCGAUCCCUUGCCCAUCAUACAGCAGGUAGAAGCGGGUACCAAAAAGAAAUCAACCAAAGCUGCAUCAGUGCCCUCGCCAGGUAUAUAUAUUGGCUUACAAAGUAAAGUACGAUAUUUAAGAUAAAUUUCAUAAAAAUAAAUUUUUAUAUUACUUUAUAUAGCUGGCUCUUCGAAUUCCCAAGAUGCAUUUCCAGCCCCGGGCACUGCCGCAAACGCUUCAAUUGACGGUUAUCCACCUUAUCCAGGUGGUUAUCCUGGCGCUGGUCCACAACCCGACUAUGGUGCCGCUGGUCAAAUGCCUCGACCACCUUCGCAGAGUAAUGCUCAAAGUCCGCAUCCAGGUAAUACACAAAACACCGCAGCGCAAUCUGUUGGUGAUAACAUAAGUGUCAAUAAUCCAUUUGAUGAGCCGGUGGGUGGCAAUAGUGGUGUUAACCCUGGUGCUGCUGGCAGUGGUAGUAGUGGCGGUAGUGGAGGCGCUGGCGCAGCUACAAAUGCUAACAGCAAUAGCGGUCCUCCACAACCACCUCCCGCAUCACGACCUCCAUAUCCCCCUGGAGGGCCAUAUCCGCCACCGGUGUCUCGAACACCAGGUUCUCCAUAUCCCGGUCAGCCUGGUGCUUACGGCCAAUAUGGCUCAGGCGAUCAAUAUAAUGCCUCUGGCCAAGCCGGACAAUUUGGUCAACAACAAGGACAAUUUCCUCCCCAAAAUCGCAACAUGUAUCCUCCCUACGGACCCGAGGGAGAAGCACCUCCAACUGGUUCAAACCAAUAUGGCCCAUACGGUAAUCGUCCGUACAGUCAGCCUCCACCUGGUAGUUCGCAAACAUCAACACCACCAGUAGCUCCAAGCAGUGCAUCAGGACCAGGUCCAGGUGGGCCAGCGACAGGAGGUAGUCCUUACCCUCCCGGCCAACAAGAAUAUUAUCGACCUCCAGAACAGAGUCCGCAACCAAGGCGACAUCCAGAUUUCGUUAAAGACUCACAGCCAUAUCCUGGCUAUAGUGCUCGACCACAAAUUUAUGGUGGUUGGCAAGGCAGCUCUAAUCAGUAUCGAAGUCAGUAUCCUUCAACUCCUUCUCCGCAAACUUGGGGCUCAGCUCCACCGCGAACGGCCGCACCAGCUGGAGGUCCCCUAGGGCCACCUGGCCAACAAGCACCUACAGCUGCUGGUACGACUCAAUGGGAUCAGCACCGUUAUCCCCCUCAACAGCAACCUCCACCUCCCCAACAGCAGCCACCUUAUCAACAACAAAGUCAGCAACAGCCACCACCACCUCAAUGGGCACAAGCAAUGAGUGCAAGCGGUGCGAAUCCGCCGGGUGCGCCUUCAGCUGGUACAUCUGGUUCACCCCUAAGAUCACCAGCUACUGGUCAGCAACAACGAAUACCAGCAAGCGACAACAAGUUGGCCCCCCCGACUACUAGCAAUGCUCCAACCGGUUUGCCUUCUAGUAGCUUGGGAAAACCGCCGUUCUCUAUGCCACCACCCCAGACUAGCAGUGCAGGCGUUCCAGUCCCAGCAGGAUCAAACGCUAUGGCCGGAGUGAUGAGUGUAGCCCAGAAACCGGUGACCCCCGUCGGAAGCUCCGGUGCUGUUGGGGCUCCUCCGCCACCCCCACAAGCUCCUUUCCCACAGUUCGCCAAGAAAGAGAUUGUCUUUCCUCCAGACAGCGUUGAAGCCACUAGUCCGGUACUGUACAGACGAAAAAGAUUAACAAAAACUGACGUAUGCCCGGUUGAUCCUUGGCGAAUUUUCAUGGCGAUGCGGUCUGGUCUAUUGACGGAGUGCACUUGGUCUUUAGACGUUUUGAACGUGUUGUUAUUUGACGAUUCCACCGUUCAGUAUUUUGGUUUGAGCCAUUUGCCCGGCCUGCUAACACUAUUAUUAGAACAUUUUCAAAAGAAUCUCGCCGCAAUGUUUAAAGAUGAAGGAGACGAGGAUAAGCCUUUCGCUGGACCUAAGAACGAGAAGAGAAGACUCACGAGGUCAAAUUAUUUGCGUAAUGAAAAGCGAAAUCGAGAGGCUGCUGUUAUGGACGAUUUAAAGAACGCUAAAAUUGAUGGGUCUUCUGAUAAUGAAGAAACGGAUGAAGAUGAAGAUAUCGAUCUGGGUCAAGUUCGAGUACCUCCUAAUCCUGAAGAACGCGUUGUCCUGUUAGCUCAUACACCCAAUUAUACAAUGAUGUCACGUAAAGGAUUGCCUGUUAGAUUGCAGUCUGCUGAACAUGACAUAUUCGUGAUAGAUGACUUAAAGCCCUGGGACGCUGAGGGCGGAGAGAAAUUUGAAGAAAGCGUCCCAGUAGGUUGCAAUGCUUGGACGUAUGGCUUUACUGACCCGGACACCAAUGCGGGCAUUAUUGACGUGUUCAAAUCAGAAAUUAUAGACAUUCCAUUUGCUCGCUAUAUCAAGACAAAGGGGAAAAGUUGUAACAAAUGCCACAAAAUUAAAAUAGAACCUGACUCUGUUAAAUCUGAACACGACAGUCAGAAUGAAUGUGAUAGGGACGAGGAAGUUGAGGCCCGUCUACAACAACACGCUUUUAAUAAGAAACGUAGACUUUUCAACAACAGCAAUCCGAUUGGUUGCACUAAUAACAACAACGGCAAUCAACUGAUAGGAGAACCUAGUGAAAGCAAGAAAUUGAAAUUGCAAGCUGCAAUGGAGGAAGAGGAACAAAAAGUAUCAUUAACGCAUCUUGAAAUCAGUCGAGAAGAAACGGAGGCGGCGUUAGCAACUUCCAAUAACACCGACAGUGACUGCCGUGAAAUAGACAUGGAAUUGGAAACAAUCAGCAGCUCGAAGGACACAACAAAAGAAUUUGAUCCCAAGUCGACAGCUCGAGAUCCUGCAUUGGUACUGCAACGCCGGCGCUCCUCUUCUUCGCUGGAAGAUGAGUGCUACACUCGCGACGAAUCCAGUCUCUAUCUUGUGAAUGAAAGCCAGGACGCUCUUGCCAGACGUUGUAUUUGCAUUUCAAACAUAUUCCGCAAUUUAAGUUUUGUGCCUGGAAACGAGACGAUAUUAGCGAAAUCACCGCGAUUUUUAGCUGUGCUUGGCCGCCUACUAUUACUCUAUCACGAACACUUACCUCGACCACCAAAGAAUCGUAAUUACGAUCGUGGCUCCGAAGAGGAUACUGAUUUUUCUGAUUCUUGCAGUUCACUUCAGGGUGAACGAGAAUGGUGGUGGGAUUAUUUGAUAAGUAUACGAGAGAAUAUGUUAGUAAUUAUGGCAAAUAUAGCGGGACAUUUGGAACUUACACGAUACGAGGAACUCAUAGCACGUCCCUUAGUAGAUGGCCUUCUUCACUGGGCUGUAUGCCCAAGUGCUCACGGCCAGGAUCCUUUCCCGUCUUGCGGGCCCACUUCAUCAUUAUCACCCCAAAGACUUGCCUUGGAGGCUUUAUGCAAAUUAUGUGUUACUGAUAACAAUGUUGACUUAGUGAUAGCAACUCCUCCUUUCGCAAGGCUUGAAAAAUUGUGCGCCGUCCUUACACGACAUUUGUGUCGCAAUGAAGAUCAAGUCUUACGCGAAUUCUCAGUAAAUCUCUUGCAUUAUUUGGCAGCAGCAGACAGUGCAAUGUCUAGAACGGUAGCGCUUCAAUCGCCAUGUAUUUCAUAUUUGGUAGCAUUCAUAGAACAGGCCGAACAAACUGCAUUAGGUGUAGCCAACCAGCAUGGCAUUAAUUAUCUACGAGAAAAUCCCGAUUCGAUGGGUACUAGCCUGGAUAUGUUACGAAGAGCAGCUGGAACUUUGCUGCAUUUAGCGAAGCAUCCAGAUAAUCGUUCAUUAUUUAUGCAACAAGAACAACGUCUCUUGGGUUUGGUUAUGUCUCACAUUCUAGAUCAGCAAGUGGCAUUGAUUAUCUCACGGGUACUUUUUCAAGUGUCGAGAGGCCCUGGAACUACUAUUAAUUCUCUCGAAUACCGCAUACAACAGAAGCAACAACAAAAAUCCGUAAAUAUUGAAAAGAAAGCUUCAGGUAGAGAGUUAAUUAGCAAGGAAGCAACAAAUGCCGCUGCGAAGACUGAAAUGAAAAUGGAACCCACGGAAACAGUAAAUUCAAUAUCACACAACAGCUGCGAUGGGGGUCUAGUGACGGCGGACGUGAUUAACGGUAAUAAAAUAAUAUCAAAUUCGUCUUCUAGCAGUGUGAUGGUUUCAGCCGACAGUGAAAAUAGUAACAGCAGUUCUCAAAUAACACCAGCAGCUGCAUAUAAUGAUGUCAGCAACAGUAGUACAAAUAGUAAUAGUUGUGGUACGGCAGUCAGUUCUCAAAGCAACAUGAGUAACAAUAGCAGCAGUAGUAGCAAUAUUUGCAAUAGCCAAAACAACAAUCUUAGUAACAAUUAUAGUAACGCAACAGCGAAUUAUAUACACUCGAACAGUAUAGCGACGAGUGAGCAUUUGAAAAGUAAUAUUUUAAGUUCUGUGACUCAAACAAAUACUCCUUUAACAUCCAACAACAGUAGUAAUGUAAAUCUUAAUAGUAAUUCGAUUGUCGCUUCUACCGUCGCAUCAUCACAAGCGCCACCGCCUCCAUCACCGUCGACAGCGCCGGCUCAAGCUCCUACUGCCAAUACAGCAACAACAGCUGCUGUUGCGUAGUACACAAUGUUGCAAGCCGCGCAAA